AUGAACCGUUCGUUGCUGACCGCGGUCUGCCUGUGGCUGUGCAGCGGAUGGUGCUGCGGCGCUCCCGCGGCGGCGGGCCUGCUCCCAACUCACCGGCGGCCGGCCGUUGAAUCGCACCCGAUGUCGCUGGUGGCCAAGCUGCAACCUGGCAGAAGUCGCGGGUUCGCUUCACAGCAGCAGAAGAAGUCAGCGGCGGCGGCGGUGGCUCCGGAGGACAGUGCACAGCCGGCGGAUCAGGACGCUGCGGACACGGUCGGCUUCAACUUCGGCCUCGGCUUCGGGCUGGACACGCCUCUCAUCGAUUCACUCCUCGAACGGCUGAUAAGACGCAAACAGCUCCUGAUGGCAGCGGCCGCGGCCGCUUAUCCGGGUGCCGGGGGUUGGGGCGUGGGUGCCGGAGGCGGUGGGGGUUACUUCCCGGGACCGGCGGUCGUAUUCCCGUACGGCGGCGGAGGUGGUGGAGUGGGCGGCGGUGGCGGAGGUGGCAUUCUCCCGUGGAACAGGCCCGCCGCAUAUCCGUUCCCGUUCGUGCCGUCCCUGAACCCGUUCGGUGGUGGAGGCGGCGGCGGUGGAGUUGGCGGAAGCGGUUGGGGUGGUUUCGGCGGUGGUGGCAUCGGCGGCGGCGGUUGGGGUGGCGGUUGGGGUGGUUUCAAUCCACUGUUCGAUUUCGAUGAUUUCGGGUGGAAGAACAACAACGCCCCACAAUAA